UAUAUUAUAAUAGUUACAGUUUACAGUCUUUGUAAUAAAAAUAGAAAAUGAUGAUGAAUUUCUAAUUCUGGUAAUACAUUGGAUAAACUUAUGUCUUUUGCUAAUACGUAAAAAAAGACAAAUUAGAUGGCUAAAUAGACGAUGGCUUGUGAGCCCUAUUAAUAUGAGAAGAAUUCAGCUUGGAGAUUACAAUAAUUUAUUCCAAGAAAUAAAAAAUGAUCCUCAGUUGUUUUAUCGUUAUACCAGAAUGACAUUGGUACAUUUUCAGAAGUUAGUACAAAUGACAAAACCAUAUUUGACAAAAAAAAGUCCUCGUGCUUUAGUUCCAGAAUUACGACUAUUGAUAACUUUAAGAUAUCUUGCUACAGGUGACUUACCAAUUACCAUUGCGUUAGCCUUUAGAGUUGGUGAAUCUACAGUAAGAGAAGUAGUAAAAGAAGUUUGCCAUGUUUUAUAUAAGGUUUUAGACCCAUUAUAUCUUAGUUCACCUACAGAAGAAGACUGGAGAAAAUAUGCACAUGGAUAUUGGAAUAGAUGGAACAUUCCAAAUUGUGUCGGUUCUGUUGAUGGCAAGCAUGUCAGAUUACGCUGUCCUCCAAGAUCAGGAAGCUUAUAUUUUAACUAUAAGAAAUUUUAUAGUAUCGUAUUAUUGGCAGUAGCUGAUCAUUUGUAUAGAUUUGUGUUGGUUGAUAUUGGAGCGUAUGGAGGAAACAGUGACGGAGGAAUUUUUAACGAUUGCAAUAUAGGCACAAAUUUAAGUAAUAAUACGUUAAAUUUACCGAAUGAACAAAUAAAUCUUCCUAAUAGCAAUCUGAAAACAUACACGUACUUUGUGGCUGAUGAUGCUUUUAAACUGUCUAAGAGAAUUAUGAAGCCUUAUUCCAGCAAAAAUUUGAUGUACAAACAGAGGAUUUUUAAUUAUCGACUUUCAAGAGCACGGAGGACAGUUGAAAGUGCUUUUGGAAUUUUUUCCAAUAAGUGGAGAAUAUUCCACACAGCGAUUAGUAUGUUACCAGAAACUGCAGAUUUAAUUGUAACAGCUUCUGUGUGUCUCCAUAAUUAUGUAUUGAAAGAAGAACAACAAAAUGGACAUAAGAUGUACAGUCAAGAACCAAGUUUUAAAGAUAAUACUAACGAGAGUUCACCUUGGAUCAAUAUACCAAGUAAUUUUGAAGAAGAUAAUGACGUAAGAUAUGCCGAAAAUCAAAGGAAUACUUUGAGUAAUUAUUUUAUCUCUGAAGCUGGAAAAGUGGAAUGGCAACAUGAUUAUGUUCAAAGAGGUGUAUAUGCAGACGAAUAAUUAUACAUGUAUGUAUGUGUGUGUGUGUGUGUGUGUGUGGAGAGAGAGAGAGAGGAGAAAGAGACAUUAUGUUUUGAUAUGUUAGAUUAUAUAACAUGUUAAAAAAAAAUUAUCUAUUUAACAUAAGUUUCUGUACUAAAUAAAGAAAACAACAAAUA